AUGCCUCCUCGCAAAUCCGACGUUCGGCCAGCAACUCCUGUCGCUGCUGAGGAGGCAUCUCCUCCAGCAAAAGCAGCUCCUCAGGCACAGGACAAGCAGGAUAAGAAGGACAAGGAUAAAGACAAGGGCAAAGGGGAAGACCCAGUAACCAUAGAGGACUUGAAUCUUCCCAAAUCCAUCAUCACAAGAUUGGCAAAGGGGAUUCUGCCCCCGAAUACGCAGAUUCAAGGCAACGCGAUCCUGGCGCUGAGCAAGAGCGCCACCGUCUUUAUUAGCUAUCUAGCUUCACACGCCAACGAAAACACCGUUGCUGCAGGCAAAAAGACCAUUCUCCCAGCAGAUGUCUUUAAAGCAUUGGACGACACUGAGUUUUCCUUUUUGAAAGAGCCUCUCGAGGCUGAAUUUGCCAAAUUCAACGCCAUACAAACCGAAAAACGCACCUCUUACCGCCAAAAAGUCCGCGCCUCCAAGCACGGCGGCGACGACACCGACAUGGCCGACACAACCAUUGCCUCGGAAGCCUCCGGCUCGUCCGGCCCGCGUGCUAAAAAGGCCCGCGUCGACCCUUCCGCCGGCGACGACGAGGAAGUCGAUGCCAUUGUCAACGAGGACGAUGAAAUCAACGACGACGAUGAGGAUGACGAGAAUGAGGGUGACGAAGAUGCUCAGGAUGAGGAAGAUGAGGAAGAGGUUGCUGAUGAAGACGAUGCGGAAGAUGGCGGAGAGGGCGAGGCUAGUGGUGAUGAGACGCAGGAUGCGCUGGAGGAGAGGAGGAGUAGAGAGGAGGCGGAUGAGGCCUUGGAAGGUGAUGAGAGCGAUUAA